UUUCCGGUUUCGCGAGUUGCGAAAUUUUGGAACUUGAAUCGAAGUUACGCAGUGGUUACGAACAUGGUCGAAUUGAAAUGGGAAGAGAAGUACGAUCUCAUCACCAGAAAUUUGGCUGAAUGGCUUGGUGAUGAGAAGCUAAAAAGUAUUCUAAAACAGAGAGAUCUGAAGCUCUACUGGGGUACUGCAACAACUGGCAAACCUCAUAUUGGAUACUUUACACCAAUGUCCAAGAUAGCAGAUUUCUUAAGAGCUGGUACAGAAGUUACUAUAUUAUUUGCUGAUCUUCAUGCUUAUUUAGAUAACAUGAAAGCUCCUUGGGAGCUCUUGGAACUUCGUACUCAAUAUUAUGAAGCUGUUAUUAAAGCAAUGUUAAAAUCUAUUGAUGUACCUUUGGACAAAUUAAAGUUUGUCAAAGGAACUGAUUAUCAGUUGUCUAAGGAAUAUACAUUAGAUGUUUAUCGAUUGACCUCUGUUGUAACUGAGCAUGAUGCAAAAAAAGCUGGUGCAGAAGUAGUUAAACAAUUAGCUAAUCCAUUGCUCUCUGGAUUGCUGUAUCCAGGACUACAAGCUUUGGAUGAGCAGUACCUUAAAGUUGAUGCUCAGUUUGGUGGUGUGGACCAAAGAAAGAUCUUCACAUUCUCAGAAAAGUAUUUACCAAUGCUUGGAUAUGAAAAGCGUAUUCAUUUAAUGAAUCCAAUGAUUCCUGGCCUUGCUGGUUCAAAAAUGUCUUCUUCUGAGGAAGAUUCUAAGAUUGAUAUUUUAGAUAAUGCUGCAUCAAUCAAGAAAAAGUUAAAAAAAGCAUUUUGUGAACCUGGUAAUAUCACGGAUAAUGGAGUUCUUUCAUUUGCUAAGCAUGUGAUAUAUCCCUUGCUAAAACCAGGAGAGUCUUUCCGUGUACAAAGAGCUGCUGAAUUUGGUGGAGAUAUUAUGUUUGACAAGUAUGAGGAUUUGGAGAGUGCAUUUUCCAAGGAAGAAAUACAUCCUGGGGAUCUGAAAGGUGCAGUCGAAGUUUAUAUUAAUAAACUUCUAGACCCAAUUAGGAAACAAUUUGAAGUAGAUCCGAAGUUCAAAACUUUGGCCAGUAAAGCAUAUCCUCCUCCACAAAAACAAAAAGCUGUGGAAGAAUUAACACCAGCCCGAUUGGACAUCAGGGUUGGAAAAAUAGUUGAAGUAUCGAAGCAUCCUGAUGCUGAUUCGCUUUAUGUAGAAAAAAUAGAUGUAGGAGAUGCCAAUGGGCCUCGCACAAUUGUUAGCGGACUUGUAAAUUAUGUACCAUUGGAAGAGAUGAAAGACAGAAUGGUAGUUAUCCUAGCAAAUUUGAAACCAGCUAGUCUCAGGGGUAUUCAGUCUCAUGGAAUGGUUUUAUGCGCCUCAGUAGAUGAACCUACAAAACGAGUUGAACCACUGAGACCUCCAGUAGAUAGUAAACCAGGUGAAAGAGUUACCAUAGAAGGAUACGAAGAUGGAACACCGGAUGAUGUACUUAAUCCAAAGAAGAAAGUGUGGGAAAAAUUACAAGUUGAUCUUGUAGUAAAUGGUAGCGGAGAAGCGUCUUGGAGCGGAAAUCUCCUGUUCACUGCCAACGGUGGUAAAAUUACAGUCGACAGUCUUAAAAACGUAGCAAUUAAAUAAUCUGUUGCCAGAUACUUAGGUGAUCUAUCGAACAAAUGUGCUUGAUAAUUAAAAUUGUCGAUUUUAUUUAACUAUUA